UUGAUGUCCCACUCUUCAUCAUUUCGAGUAAUGUGAGACUUCUCCAAGAUGUUUUUCUCGCGCUAUUUCUUCCUUCAUCAGCAAUGUGAAUCAACCCUAACACUCAAUGAUUAAAUUUAAAAAUUACCAUUAUUUGUCUCUCACUCUACAAUGAAGCCUUGAUUAUCAAUGUUCAAUGCCAAUGGAAUGCAAUAAGCAUUUUGUUUUGAGUUCUUGAUGAAGAAGCUCACCAGCUACACCCUCCCCCCCUUGCAGCGACACACCACCACCACCACCACCACCCUCACCGGCUUCGUCGCCUCCUCCACAGACUCUGAAAUCCUCCAACACUGCAAAGAUGGUUCCCUCCGUCAAGCCCUCCACCUCCUCAACACUUCCCAAACCACCCUCGACCCAAACCUCAAACCUGUCCUCUACGCCUCCCUCCUCCAAACCUGCACCAAAACCUCCUCCUUCCUCCACGGCACCACCCUCCACGCCCACGCCCUCAAGUCCGGCAUCCACUCCGACCGCUUCGUCGGCAACAGCCUCCUCACCCUCUACCUCAAGCUCGGCCCUCACCUCCCCCAGGCACAAACCCUCUUCGACUCGCUCGCCGUCAGAGACAUCAUCGCCUGGACCUCGCUUAUCUCUGCCUACACCCGCGCCGGCCGGCCCAUAAACUCCCUCCAACUCUUCUCCCAAAUGCUGGACCUCGACAUGGAGCCCAACGCAUUCACCAUUUCCUCCGUCAUCACCGCUGCGUCCAAGCUCCGCGACCUUGCUCUCGGGGCGUGCCUCCACGCCAUGGUCAUCAGCCGCGGCUUCCACUCCAAUACGGUGAUCUCGAGCGCUCUUGUUGACAUGUAUGGCAGGAACCGCGCGGUCCGGGAUGCACUUAAACUGUUCGAUGAAUCGCCUGAGCCGGAGGAUGUCGUUGGCUGGACCGCUAUCAUAUCGACGCUGACGCGGAAUGACAUGUUUAGGGAGGCUCUGAGGUUGUUCGUCGCAAUGCACCGGGGUUGUGGGUUGGUUCCGGAUGGGUUCACGUUCGGGACGCUGCUGGCUGCUUGUGCGAAUUUGGGGUGGUUGAGGCAGGGCAAGGAGUUGCACGCGAAGGUUGUUGGUUUAGGGAUUUGCGGAAAUGUUGUUGUUGAGAGCAGCUUGUUGGAUAUGUAUGGCAAGUGUGGGAAGGUUGGGCAAGCUAGGGUUGUGUUUGAUAGGUUAGGGGACAAGAAUUCAGUGUCUUGGACUGCAAUGCUUAGUGCAUAUUGUCAGAAUAAGGAAUAUGAGGCUGUGUUUGAGCUCGUGAGGGAGAGGGGUGUGUCGGAUCUGUAUGCAUUCGGGACUGUUCUUCGCGCGUGUUCCGGGGUGGCUGCUGUGAUGCUAGGGAAGGAGGUGCAUUGUCAGUAUGUGAGGAAGGGUGGCUGGAGGGAUGUUAUUGUGGAGUCUGCUCUAGUUGAUCUUUAUGCCAAGUGUGGAUGUGUUGAUUUCGCUCAGAGAUUGUUCUUGAGCAUGGAAGUUAGGAAUCAGAUCACGUGGAAUGCAAUGAUUGGCGGUUUGGCGCAGAAUGGGAGAGGGACGGAGGUGUUGGAGUUGUUUGAGGAUAUGAUCAAGGAGGGGAUGGAGCCUGAUUACAUCACUUUCAUUGGUGUUCUUUUUGCUUGUAGCCACACAGGUUUGGUGGAUGAAGGGAGGAGGUAUUUUGCUUUGAUGGUGGAUGAGUAUGGGAUUAAGCCCGGGGUGGAGCAUUACAAUUGUAUGAUUGAUCUUCUGGGCCGCGCUGAGAUGAUAGAGGAGGCUGAGAGUUUGCUGGAGAAUGCAGAUUGCAGGUAUGAUCAUUCACUGUGGGCGGUUCUUCUCGGAGCUUGCACUAAAUGCUCUGACUAUGUCACUGCUGAGCGCGUCGCGAGGAAGAUGAUUGAGCUGGAGCCUGACUUCCAUUUGAGUUAUGUUCUGCUUGGUAACAUUUACAGAGCAGUUGGCAGGUGGAAUGAUGCUAUGGAGAUCAGGAAGUUGAUGGAAGAUAGAGGGGUUAAGAAGUUGCCCGGCAAGAGCUGGAUUGGGAGUGAAAAUCAAAAGGGUUCUCUGUCUGGUUUAGCCAAUGUGAAUGUUUUUGAGAGAAGCAGUGUUUCUAGCAUUGGGGAGGCUGUGUGAUGAUGGAAAUUGGCACGUUGAAUUUAUUGGUCUGCAUGUCAUCUUGAACUGGUCAAUCUCAGGUGUUAUGGAAGGUUGAGCUUUGAGCCAACAUUUACCCUUUUGACAGUAUUGAGCUAGCACAUUAACUAGUGCAAGCCCCAGCUUCAUGCGCACUGUCCAAAGAUUCUAUUUUGUUGCUGUGCAUGAAGAGAAUGGUUCUUGUCGUCUGACUUUCAGCAUAUUUAACAACAAUUUCACUCAGGAACUCACUGCAAUUGAAGUAUGACUCCAGCAUCUAAUAAACUUUGUUGUCAUCUGGUUGGAGGGAUCAACAUGAUAAGGCUGCAGAUUCAUGAGCUGUUGUGAUAAAAUGAAAUGCAUUAAAAAUUAUGCCUUGAGCAUGUUAUCCUUUAGCAAUGCUGGGCGCUUCCAUGACCAAGAUGGCCUCAUGGCAGAACUAAUGAUGCUAAUCACUUCUGUUACUUUUGACAGGAAAAAAAAUUCACUUCCCUUGCUAGUUCCUGACAUGACAGAUUAGUUAGCUGAAUUUUUUUCAUUCUUUACCAAUCAUGUAACUGAGUUUUUUUCUUGUUUGUACAUGAAGGGUUUUAGCCUUGGGACUGCUUGAUGAUGUGAAGAACCCCAUUUUUGCAUUAAUUUUGAAUGGGAAAAAGCAAAACCUGAGACUACUUUUGUGAAAGUUGAGGAACAACGGACAAUUUAUACCGAUGAUAAUGUUGUGAUAUGAAGAUAGAGAUAGA